AUGGCAUUUUUGGUACGGGUCAGAGCCAAGCCCACAGUGAUACCCUUGACAAAAUCUUUAAAAUUUAUAUUAGAAGAUUUCGAAUCGUCCAUUGAUUCCGAAUAUUUUAAGGAAUUUCGCCUUAUCUCACCAGAGGAAAAUAUUUACAAUUGUGAAAUUGGCAAAGAAGUUCGAGAAUUCUAUAUUGAUGUGAUCAUCAAUCAAUUGAACAUGAAGCGUGAACUGUAUCGCAUGAAUAAUAUGAAAGGUUGUAUAUUUCUCGCGGAUACUCUAUUGAAUCGGGUAUUUCAUGGUUUCUAUGAAAAUUUGCUGGUGAAUCGUACCCAGUCCAUAAAAUGUCCUCUGAGGAGGGGUUCAUAUCUGAUACGAAAUGCGAUAAAUAAAGCAGCUCUGCCACAAUUUCACCCUAAGGGUAAUUUUUCAUUGAUUUUACGACUGAAGGCGAAUACCAUGGAUUGGAUUAUGUUGGAGCUAACAUGGCUGUAUCGUUUGGCAAAGGCUUAA